GGCUUUUAUUUUGAAGAAAUCAGACGGUUAACAGGAAGUAUCAGUUUUGUUUCGGUACUUAAACGCACCAUCGAGAGACUGUCACAGCAAGAGACGACACAAGACUCAGGUAUAAGAGAUGUCCAUCACUGCUGACAAAAACAAAUCCAAGGGAGUGACUGUGAUCACUGUGGCUCCUGACAGUGAGAGCAUGUUACCACCGCUGAACUGCCCACGGGGGCGCUGCAAUGUGGUUCCAUCUCUGGGGACAUUGCAGAUCAUGGUGGGCCUCUUCAACAUUGGACUCGGGCCAGGGCGAACAAGCUUUCACCCUGAGGAUUUUGCUAAUUUGGAAGCUGCUUACUGGCUGGGUGGUGUGUUCAUCCUAACUGGAAUCAUUACAGUUUUGGUCAGCUGUUGCCCCUAUUAUGUCAUGGUGGGCUUCGCUGUGUUUAUGAACCUAAUUGCAUCCAUCAUCGGCGUCCUUGGAAUCGUGCUGUAUGCCAUGGACCUGCAAGCUGCCUCCUUUGUCUGGUUGUGUAACAACAAGUCCUCCAAUGACAACUGCAUAUAUGUGGCGUACUAUUUGGAGCGUUUGACAACAGGCAUGGACAUUACUAUGAUCGUCAUGACUGGUUUCCAGCUGUUUGCCAGCGUUACCUUUACUGUUCUCGGCUUCCAGACUCUCUGCUGUAGGAUGAAGAACGAGCAGGGGGACGAGGAUGCUGAGAUUCACAAGCCCCUGCUGAAGGAAGUCCUCAUGACCAGCCCUGGUGCUUAAAAUCAAAUUCAUCCAAACACAGGAGAUAAUUAAUCAAUCCGUCCAUGUGAUCCAUGUAAUCUUCUUUCUUAUAUAUUAGCUGAAAAUAAUCCAAACUGAUUUUAUUACAAGACACUACAUUUCAAUGCUUAAGAGGAGUCUGUAGUUGUCUGGCACAAUGUGAUAAUCAAUUCUUUUGUGAGUGGUGAAGGGAUGAAGUAAACGUGCUUGAAUAAAGAGGAAAAAGUGGUGACAAAGACAA